GGACUAGGAAUAGACGGGUACCCAAGACAGCAGGGUUGCGCGUGUGCCUUCCCAGGUCCUGGCAGCACCAUCCGGCGAGGGGGUGAGGACGCUGGCCGCUUGUUUUAUGACUGCAAGGAACACUGGAUGUUUUUAUUUUGAUUUCUUCUCCACUGGAUAUAUAUAUGCUCGCGAUUUUGAGCGCAAGAAAGCGGCACGCCGGUGAACGAGCACAUCGUUAUCGAUGGGGAAAAUAAGUUGAAGGCUUCGGAAGAAUGUUUUCCUUGUUCCAGGAAAACGGAAUGCUCUGUUGAUCAGCGUGAUGGGUGUUUCGAGGGGAUUUUGACAUUUGGAGAGGAUCUGGAGCUGUCCAUCUACAGAGCGCAACUGAAAGCGGCAACAGAGCGCCAUACUGCAAAACAAGCUUCCCGGAUCGAUACAGUGUAGCAGUCUUUUCGCACGGGGGGAGAAUUGCGCGUUUUAAUGUAAAUGUAAACAAGUAAGCUGGCGAGCAAGUACCAAGUCAGCAGCGGUGGCCUGAUUGAGAUCCGCGUAACUUCUGCAAACUGCAUGCAGCCCUGGCGGUGGAAACAGGGCUGGAUGAGCCCAAAAUGGCAAAUAUGAAGAAAUCUAAAAGAUGAAUGUUGCAUUUCCCCCGUAACUUGUACUAUUCACCUAAUUUCCCUUUCCACGCAAGCCCGAGUUUCGAGCGAAGCAAGGUGCUCCUCAUGCCUCCAACAUGAGGGAGAUUUAAGGCCGUGCGGAAUUGAUUUAUUAUGGGGGGAGCGCAUUAUUUUGAUUUGAUCCCUCUCUCCUUUUUUACUUUUCUUUUGUUUACCCUCGGCGAGGGGUUUCUUGCAUGUCCGCGGUUGUCAUUUUGCUAGUCUGGAACGUAUAACGCGAAAGAAAGAUCCGCCGAAGUAGGUCAGAUCAAAGCUGGAGAGUUGUUAGUAUGACACCUUUUCGCACUCAUCUUGAUGUAUGCCGGACAUUUCUGCUUUGAUUUCACCCGUCGUUUGGCUGUAUGACGGCCAAAUGAGAGUUUGACAUCUUGGCAGCCUCCCUCUCCAUCUCGUUCGCCUCUUUGUUUUGUUUUUUUCCACCUCUCAUUUCGGGCUGUUGAGUGAGUGAGUGAAUGGCUCUUUGCGGAACCACGGCUUCCAAUGCCGCGAAAAUGAUGGCUGCGUACAACGGCGGCACCGCGGCAGUGGCAGCGCAUCACCCGCACCAUCACCACCAGCUGCCCCAUCUCCCGCCACCCGCCCACCUCCAUCACCAUCACCACCCGGGCCAGCAUCACCUCCAGCACCCCGGCUCGGCCGCCGCCGUGCACCCCGUGCAGCAGCACGCUUCCACGGCCGCGGCCGCUGCUGCUGCCGCCGCGGCGGCGGUCAUGCUGAACCCGAGCCAGCAGCAGCCGUACUUCCCCUCGCCCGCUCCUGGACAAGCUCCGGGGCCGGCGGCCGCUGCAGCCCCAGCGCAAGUUCAAGCCGCGGCCGCGGCCGCUGUGAAGGCGCAUCAUCACCACCACCAACACUCGCAUCACUUACAACAACAGCUGGAUAUAGAGCCGGACAGACCGAUCGGAUACGGAGCUUUCGGUGUGGUUUGGUCAGUGACAGACCCCAGAGACGGCAAACGCGUGGCCCUCAAAAAGAUGCCCAAUGUCUUCCAAAACCUCGUUUCCUGCAAGAGGGUUUUCCGCGAGCUGAAGAUGCUUUGUUUCUUCAAGCACGACAAUGUGCUGUCAGCUCUGGAUAUUCUGCAGCCUCCACACAUCGACUACUUUGAGGAAAUUUAUGUGGUGACAGAGUUGAUGCAGAGUGACCUCCAUAAGAUCAUCGUGUCUCCACAGCCCCUGAGCUCUGACCACGUCAAAGUCUUUCUCUACCAGAUCCUUCGAGGAUUGAAGUAUCUACAUUCAGCUGGCAUUUUGCACAGAGACAUUAAACCUGGUAACCUGUUGGUCAACAGCAAUUGUGUGCUUAAGAUUUGUGACUUUGGCCUGGCAAGAGUGGAGGAGCUGGACGAGUCGCGUCACAUGACCCAGGAGGUGGUGACGCAAUACUACAGAGCGCCAGAGAUCCUGAUGGGGAGCAGGCACUAUUCCAACGCCAUCGACAUCUGGUCUGUGGGCUGCAUCUUUGCCGAGCUGCUUGGCCGACGCAUCCUCUUCCAGGCCCAGAGUCCCAUCCAACAGCUGGACUUGAUCACAGAUCUGCUGGGGACUCCGUCUCUGGAGGCCAUGAGGACAGCAUGUGAGGGGGCGAGAGCUCAUAUCCUAAGAGGACCACAUAAACAGCCCUCACUUCCUGUCCUGUACACCCUGUCCAGUCAAGCAACCCAUGAGGCCGUUCACCUCCUCUGCAGGAUGUUGGUCUUUGACCCAUCGAAGCGGAUCUCUGCAAAGGACGCCCUGGCGCACCCGUACCUGGACGAGGGGCGUCUGCGGUACCACACCUGCAUGUGCAAAUGCUGCUACACCACUUCCUCUGGUCGCGUCUACACCAGUGACUUUGAGCCUGUCACCAACCCCAAGUUUGACGACGGCUUUGAGAAAAACCUGACGUCAGUUCGGCAAGUCAAAGAGAUCAUUCAUCAGUUCAUCCUGGAGCAGCAGAAGGGGAAUCGGGUACCGCUCUGUAUCAACCCCCAAUCAGCUGCCUUCAAAAGCUUUAUCAGCUCGACAGUAGCUCAGCCCUCUGAGAUGCCUCCAUCUCCUCUAGUAUGGGAGUAACCGAGGACAGCGGAGAAGAUGGCGUUGAUAACAGCGAAGGUGGACGUCCCUCCGGCGGCCCGUCCCGCGUCCACCCCUCGCCCCCCCCCGGACUACUGACCCCCAGGCAUCCCUAAACCUGCGUAGCAUUUCACUGGAGUCUAGGACUAGCCAUGUCGCUGAUGUGUGUGUGUGCGUGUGUACUGUAAUACUUACUAAAUGGAGUUUUAUAGAAGCAACCACUGCUGAUGAGUUCAAGCGGGACACGGGACGGGUGGGCACGGUCACGGGGGGUCCGUUCGUACAUACCCACUACUCUGUAGUAGUAUACUAAAGGUUCGUAAAGGUACGAACCUGUGCUUUCAGCAGACGAAGUCGACCCCUGUGGACUUGAAUGUAUUUUGAACAGCAGGGCGGCAGAAUCUGUGCAGUAACCCUGAAGGAAAACUCAUCACGACUGUGUGUGCGAGUAAUCAUGCUUUAUUUAUUCACGGAAACAGGAAGUGCAGUGCUUCAUGUAGAAUGGAAAGAAGGCAAGUUCCUCUGAAUAUGUCUUUCUCGCUCAUGCUAGAAACAGGGUCGUCAAGGGCGGAAAAAAAAAAAAACGCUGUCAUUAUUCGUUAGGCCCAUCGUGGGCCUUGUGAAUUUUAGAGACGGCCAUCAUUAAAGGUGCGGUCACAUUAACAACCGCAGGUUUGAAGUUUCAGGAAUUUGUGCGUUUCGGCUUUCGUCACGCUACUGAUAAUAGAAAAUUUUUUGGCCAAAAAUGUGACCGCACCUUCAGAACCGUGACCACUCGUUCGGCUAGAGUGAGCUGCUCAUUGCUUUCAUUUCCUUCAACGGCGGUGUGAUUUUUACAGCUCUCUUCCAUUUUUGCCUGUCGCUCUUCCUUUCUCUCUAUCGAUCUUUCUUUGUUCGUAUCGCGCUUUCCGUCUCAUAUUCAACUUUCGUCUGUAAAAAAGUAAUCAGUAUUCCUUAGUGCAGCACUUGGCAGAGAUACUGAUUCGUAGGCUUCUCUUAGUACUCCUGAAUGUGGAUGUGUUGUGUCAGUAUUUAGUACUUCGGGUGGCUGACUGAACGGCACAACGACUCAAAAGGAUCCAAAGCAUGCAAAAUUGGCCCGAGGGGGGCCGAAAGGGUUUAUUUGAAGCAAAGGAGACUUCAAAUCUCGCAAAACCCAAAUAGCAUGUAGCGAAAUGAUAUGGGGAGGUUUGUUUUCAAAUGACCUUUGAACCCUAGCAUGCAACCAAAUUAAAGACUAAAACCUUAAAAAAAAAAAAAAAGCAAAGAAAUAUAGGUUGAACGGUGUGUCAACCAAACCAUUCCAUUAUUGCAAUGGUAUAUUACCAAACUUUGUCUAUUAAGACAAGUGACGACGCCAUUGCGAGUGCAUGUAUGGACCCUGUGCAUGUUUAUAACUGACCGUGGCAUCACAAUAGUGAUCCUGUAGAUGUCAGUUCAGUGUCGUCUACUUUGACCCCCCUCAAAAGCUCGUUUUUUGUUAAAAGACUGAUGGAGAUGGGGAGAAAUGGCGUAUAUUGUGGGUCUGGAAAGACACUGGGAGUAGUCUUCACUCAUGCUUAAACUUCCCAUAAUGCUUUCUGCACUCUCUCGGACUAAAAGAAGACAAAUGGAAAAUAUUUAAUAUAUUUUUAGAUAAUUAUUUUUAUUUCUUCCUCAAUGUGCUAUGGCAUGCUUUCCCAUGAUCCACUGAGUAUGGUAUGUAAAUAAGCGAGUAGCAGGUAGAUUUCAAUAGAAACGAAAAAUCUACAAAAAAAAAAAAAAACAACGUAUAAAAA